AUGACAGAUGUGUUGACAGAUGAAUUGAUAGAACAGUUUAAGGAUGCGUUUUCAUUAAUCGACAGAGAUUGCGACGGAGUAAUAACGAUAUCGGAUCUUUCAGAAACGUUCAAAUCCUUCAAUGAAAAUCCAACUAAGGAACAGAUACAAGAUAUGAUCAAUGUAAUUGAUACCGAUGGAGAUGGGGUCAUUAAUUUUGAUGAUUUCUUAAUCGUCAUGUCCAACAAAACCAAGGUUAAUGGAAUAGAAGAUGAAAUAAAGGAAGCAUUUAAAGUAUUUGAUCGAGAUCAAGAUGGAUUCUUAUCAGCAGAUGAUGUGAAAGAAGUGAUGAUGAAAUAUGGAGAAAAGAUAACAGAUGAAGAAGCAGUUGAGAUCAUUAGUGAAUUGGAUCUUGAUGGGGAUGGACUACUUAGUUUUGAUGACUUUGUAAGGGUGAUGAUGAUGACUACAUAAUUACAUCACAAUUGUAAUUAUAUUAUAUUGUUCAAUGGAUUUUGAUUAAACAAAAAGGUAUACUAGAUUAUGUGUGAAC